AUGUGUCUGUUCAGCUGUUACAGUUUUGAGACUAGGGACAACGAGAGUGGAAAUACUAAAGGCAACGAGAGUGGUAACACUGAAGGGAACGAGAGUGGUAACACUGAAGGCAACGAGAGUGGUAACACAGACGACAACGAGAGUGGUAACACUGAAAGCAAUCUGAGUGGUAACACUGAAGACAAAGAGAGCGGUAACACUGAAGGCAACGAGAGUGGUAAAACAGAAAGCAACGAGAGCGGUAACACUGAAGGCAACGAAAGUGGUAAAACAGAAAGCAACGAGAGCGGUAACACUGAAGGCAACGAAAGCGGUAACCCUGAAGGCAAUCUGAGCAGUAACAGUGAAGGCAACGAGAGUGGUAAAACAGAAGGCAACGAGAGCGGUAACACUGAUGAAACUGAGAGCGGUUACACUGAAGACAACGAGAGCGGUAACACUGAAGACAACGAGAGUGGUAACACUGAAGGCAAUUUGAGUGAUAACACUGAAGGCAACGAGAGUGUUAAACCUGAAGACAACGAAGGCGAUAACACUGAAGGCAACGAAAGUGGUAAAACAGAAGACAACGACAGCGGUAACACUGAUGUCAACGAGAGUGCUAAAACAGAAGACAACGAGAGCGGUAACACUGAUUUCAACGAAAGCGGUAACACAGACGACAACGAGAGCGGUAACACUGAAGGCAAUCUGAGUGGUAACAUUGAAGGCAUCGAGAGCGGUAAUACUGAAGGCUACGAGAGUAGUAAAACAGACGGCAACGAGAGCGGUAAAACAGAAGGCAACAAGAGUGGUAAAACAGAAGGCAACGAGAGCGGAAACACCGAAGGGAACGAAAGCGGUAACACUGAAGGCAAUAUUAGUGGUAACACUGAAAAUAACGAAAGCGGUAACACUGAAGGCAACGAGAGUGGUAAAACAGAAGACAACGAGAGCGGUAACACUGAAGGGAACGAAAGCGUUAACACUGAAGGCAACGAGAGCGGUAACACUAUAAGCAUAGACAUUGGUAACACUGAUGACAACGAGGGUGGUAACACUGAAGGUAACGAAAGCGGUAACACUGAAGGCAACGAGAGCGGUAACACAGAUGACAUCGAGAGCGGUAACACUGAAGGCAACGAGAGUGGUAACACUAAUGACAACGAGAGCGGUAACACUGAAGGUAACGAAAGUGGUAACACUGAAGGCAACAAGAGUGGUAAAACAGAAGGCAACGAGAGCGGUAACACCGAAGGGAACGAAAGCGGUAACACUGAAGGCAACGAGAGCGGUAACACUAUAGGCAAAGAGAGUGCUAACACUAAUGACAACGAGAGCGGUAACACUGAAGGUAACGAAAGCGGUAACACUGAAGGCAAUCUUAGUGGUAACACUGAAAAUAACGAAAGCGGUAACACUGAAGGCAACGAGAGUGGUAAAACAGAAGACAACGAGAGCGGUAACACUGAAUGGAACGAAAGCGUUAACACUGAAGGCAACGAGAGCGGUAACACUAUAAGCAUAGACAUUGGUAACACUGAUGACAACGAGGGUGGUAACACUGACGGUAACGAAAGCGGUAACACUGAAGGCAACGAGAGCGGUAACACAGAUGACAUCGAGAGCGGUAACACCGAAGGCAACGAAAGUGGUAACACUGAAGGCAACGAGAGCGGUUACACUGAUGGCAACGAGAGCGGUAACACUGAAGGCAACGAGAGCGGUAACACUGAAGGCAACGAGAGUGGUAACACUGAAGACAACGAGAGCGGUAACACUGAAGGCAACGAGAGCGGUAACACUGAAGACAACGACAGCUGUAACACUGAAGGCAACGAGAGCGGUAACACUGAAGGCAACGAGAGCAGUAACACUGAAGGCAACGAGAGUGGUAAAACAGAAGACAACGAGAGCGGUAAAACAGAAGACAACGAGAGCGGUAACACUGAAGGCCACGAGAGCGGUAACACUGCAGGCAACGAGAGCGGUAACACUGAAGGCAACGAGAGUGGUAACACUGAAGGCAACGAGAGCAGUAACACUGAAGGCAACAAGAGUGGUAAAACAGAAGGCAACGAGAGCGGUAACACCGAAGGGAACGAAAGCGGUAACACUGAAGGCAACGAAAGCGGUAACACUGAAGGCAACGAGAGUGGUAAAACAGAAGACAACGAGAGCGGUAAAACAGAAGUCAACGAGAGCGGUAACACUGAAGGCAACGAAAGCGGUAACACUGAAGGCAACGUCAGCGGUAACACUGAAGGCAACGUGAGUGGUAACACUGAAGGCAAUCUGAGCAGUAACACUGAAGGCAACGAGAGCCGUAACACUGAAGGCAACGAAAGCGAUAACACUGAAGGCAACGAGAACGGUAACACUGAAGGCAACGAAAGCGGUAACACUGAAGGCAAUCUGAGCAGUAACAGUGAAGGCAACGAGAGUGGUAAAACAGAAGGCAACGAGAGCGGUAACACUGAUGACAACAAGAGCGGUUACACUGAAGACAACGAGAGCGGUAACACUGAAGACAACGAGAGUGGUAACACUGAAGGCAAUUUGAGUGAUAACACUGAAGGCAACGAGGGUGCUCACACUGAAGGCAACGAAAGCGGUAACACUGAUGGCAACGAGAGCGGUAACACUGAAGGCAACGAGAGCGGUAACACUGAAGGCAACGAGAGCGGUAACACUGAAGGCAACGAGAGCGGUAACACUGAAGGCAACGAGAGCGGUAACACUGAAGGCAACGAGAGCGGUAACACUGAAGGCAACGAGAGCGGUAACACUGAAGGCAACAAGAGCGGUAACACUGAUGGCAACGACAGCGGUAACACUGAAGGCAACGACAGCGGUAACACUGAAAACAACGAGAGUGGUAACACUGAAGGCAGUCUGAGUGGUAAUACUGAAGACAACGAGAGUGUUAACACUGAAGGCAAUGAAAGCGAUAACACUGAAGGCAACGAGAGUGGUAACACUGAAGACAACGCGAGUGUUAACACUGAAUACAACGAGAGCGGUAACACUGAUGACAACAAUAGCGACAUUACUAACAGUGUUGAAAACAACAACGGUAAUGGUGAACCAGAUUACGUUAUGUAUCCAAUGUGGUAUAGCGAGUACGAGGAAUAUGGCGAUAUUCAUAAAUAA